AUGCAGAUGCGAACCCUGGGUGGACGUGGCUGGUACCUCGCGGAGGAGGGGGAGACCUAUCCCCGCCAGCCCGAGCCCGCCGACGGCGAACGGCCGCGCCUGCUGCCGCCGCGGGUCUUCCUCUACCGAGGCUUCGCGGCGACGGCCGUGCAGGUCUCGCGGGGCCCGUGCCUGAAGGUCGACCUGUCCGUGCGCAUGAUACAGGGGCAGACCGCCCUCAGCAAGCUCAACUUCUUCCGCGACCUGCUGAUACAGGAGCGGCAUUUGGCAAUUCCAAGCAGCGCGCGAAGAUGGGCCUCCAGCCGCCUACGAUGGAGGAGACCGACGCGUUCCUGCAGCUGCACAUGGUCGGCCGCACGUGCAUGA